AUGUCUGAAGCGAGGGCAUUGCUCCUGAGCCUGGUGUCCUGCUUGUUUUUGUGGGAGAAUGGAAUCACUGCACCCACCUGUGUCAAGGAUAAUGACGAUAACACAGCCUUGUACUUAGAAAAACUGUUUUCACUUACCUUUUUUAUGACAGACGUCCUAGCUACUCAAGUUCAAAACCUGCACGCUGAAUUUAUUAAUCAGUAUGCCCAGGACAAGAAGUGUAGUGACAGGAUCCCUGAAAUUUGCCACACUGAAGUCUUGGAUACUCCAAAAAAUAGGGCAGAAGCUCAAAAAACCAAUCCAGAAGAACUACUGAAAUUGGUAUACAGUCUACUGGGUUCCAAUAACAACACUCUGCAUCAUCUUGUGAAUGAAAUGUCUCUCUUGCAAGGCGACACUUCUGCUCUUCUCUUCAAAGCCAGACAGAUUAAGGAAAAAUUUGAAGACCUCAUGGAGGGCGUUAAAAUAAUACUUGCCCUGGUGGAAGAGAAAGGAAAUAUCAUCUAUGUUCCUUGGUCUGGACUGGCAUCUUUACAGUCGAACAGUGAAGAUGUUCGCUAUUUCGCAUUUUAUAACCUGAUCCGCUGCCUUCUCAGAGAUGCCCGAAAAAUAAGUAUUUUCCAUGAGGUCAUCAAGCACAAAAUGGCUGCUCGAAACACCUGCUAG